UGUUAUACCAUUUUUUAAUGGAUCGGGUUUGUGUCCGAUUUUGGUACGAUUUGAUAUCCCAAGCGCGGGGUAUUUUUUAAAAUAAAUUUCGGGUACUCCAAAUGUAUGGAUGUAUAUCGAUAACAUAAAUGAAACUUUACUGGGCUGCCAACUCAACCGCGAAGUGCAUUCUUUGCUAUCUGGCAACGCCAAAUGGUCAUUCGUUGUCUUGGCGAGGAGGGCAAGGUAGAAAUAUGGAGUUUGGGAAAAGCUCAGAUCAGUCGCUACACAGUGCCUCCGAGACUUCGGUGGAUUCAAACAGCCUGCUGAACAGUGAACUGGCUGUUGGCCGCGACAACACACCUACAAAGCGAGAACGGCGCAAGUCCCCAGCAACUAGUUUUGGCUCGGAUAAUACUAGUACCAGCGUACAACCUCCAAUGUCCCCAACAUCAUCGCUGGCUGAUAUUACUUUUGAGCCAACAAUCGAUAUGAUGGUGAAUGAUUUUGAUGAUGAGGCAACUUUAAAUGAGGAGGAGGCCCUUGCAGAUCUCGAGGCCCACAAUCCGGAAGAUGAGAUUGCCACGCUUCGAGAAGAGAGUGAAAUGCCUAUCGAAGAACUGUUAGCUAAAUACAGUGGCAUAACAGAUGUUGAAAUGCCGCAAUUGCCAACGUACAGUUCUAGGCGCGCCGGCAGCUCCAGGCGGAAGCGGCAGCAUCAAGAAGUUGAGGAAAACAGAGCUAUUGCCGAGGUUCAAAAAAGCGAGCCAAGCCAACCAAGCGGAAGUGGUGGGGAACAUUGCAUUGAUUUAACAAUUGCCCAGCAUCAGGUCGUUGAUGUGGGUGAGUUGAGCAACUUAACAUCUGUAUCGGCACAUUUCAAUGACGUUCUGUUGGAAACCGAUGAAAUGCCAGCUAUUUUACCUCCCGAAGUUGAGAAAAAACACCAUCGUUCACAUUUACUGGAUUUGUAUCCGGAUGAAUCAUUUGGAGAAAAUACACAGGCAUUGAACUCCUUGGAUGUUCUUGAAAAUUUUACACCUCUUCAAAAUCUGUUUGGAGACGUAGAACCCGAAGAAGACGAAGACAGCGAUACCGACUCUGACGAUGCCAGAAAAAUCAUUAUGGUUGGGCCAGAUUAUCAGGCUGAAAUACCCGAAGGCCUGUCGCAAUACGGCGAUAUUUUACCAUACGAAAAUGAGGAUCAAUUAAUUUGGGAACCCAGCCAAGUCAGUGAACGUGCAGUAGAGGAUUAUCUUACAAAAAUACAAGAAACUAAAAGCACCGCACCAACCGAAGACAGUCUUACCCAAGGAGCAGGAGAAGUUGAUGAAUUAAACGUUGAUGAGGUAGCAACAGCGGUGAUACCAUCGUCGACAGCAAUCCAGCAUGGAGGAACUGCUAGUAAUGAAAUAGAAUCAGUUGUAAAGGAUAAUGAGCAAGCCCUUCACUUGCUAGUUCAAUGCGGCUAUGACUUUAAAGAGGCUUUGCGCCGGAAGCGUUUAAAUGUAAUGCCACUCUGCAGUGACGCUAUGAGCAGCUGGUCGGAGGAUGAAUGCCAAAAAUUUGAAGAGGGUAUACAGAAGUUUGGCAAGGACUUUUAUCAGAUACGCCAGAAUCAGGUGCGCACGAGAACUAUGCGCGAAUUGGUGCAGUUCUAUUACCUAUGGAAGAAAAGCGAGCGUCGCGAUCAAAGCUUUGCUCUGAAUGAUACCAUCGAUCACAUGGAUGUGUUUAUAAAUGAAGGAGGCGAUCGCGCCGGAAAUGGUAAUGGCAAUGGUAGUUGUUCAUCCCAUGGCAGCAGCAAUAGCAGCAAUGGCCACGGCAAUGGUAACGGCAACGGUGAAUACAUUCAGGAUGGUGUAACCAUACGGAAGUCCACAUCAAAAAGUUAUUCAAUAAUGACUGGCAACAACAACAACGCUGCGACUGCAUCCACCGCAAACCGAAAACGCAAAGGAUCUUUUGCCCUUGAGGACGACGAAAUAGAAGAUGAGUGUACUUUGGCCGAUAAUUAAGUUACAUACAUGUAUGUAUGUGUAUAUGUAUAGAGAAAUAUGUAUGUAUAUGUGUAAGUUUAGGGCGCUGUAUUUGGUAGAACUUCAGUGUGGCGAGCGUAUGUAUAUUCCAUACGUUACGCGGCAACUACAACAACAACGCCAAAAACCAUAGAAAUAGGCAACGGCACAACAUUGAGACCAAAUGCGCAGGCGCUUUCGACUCAACGACGGCUGCUGGAGUAAAAUGGCAUAGUAUUAAGUUUAAAGUACCAUUCAAAAUAAAUGUGUAGUAUACAAUA